AAACUUCGUUUAAGUCAAAGUGUGUGCAAUACGGAUACAGUGUAGUGUUAACACCGAAAACAUACUUGAGUUUGCUAAUAAACACUAAACAAAUAAAGUUUGAGAAUACAACAAACAUAGGACUAUGUUGGGAUUUAAGUGUACAUUUUAAUUAAGAAUUUUCGAGAUGAAUUUCAAACUGUGCACCAUCGCUAUUCUAAUAGGCAUCUGUGUGUUCAUUUCAAAUGCCAAAGAGAAAAAAAAGAAAAGCGACGAUUCGGACGAUGGAAAGGUCUGUGACCUGAAAUUAUUUGAAACACAAAACACAUACGGAAAAUCAUCCGAAUCAGACUGCGAAGACUGUUUGAUAUACUGCACGAAGGGUAACAAGAAAUCAUGUAUUACAUUAUACUGUACAACACACGACAGUGGAUGGACUCCAACGCCUAAGCCAGUGACCACCUCAGUGACAACAGCUCCAACUGAUGAAGGAAAUCCUUCGGAACAGAAGAAGCCUAAGGACUGUCCAGCACUGGACUGUCCGCCAAAGGAUUGUACGACCCUACGCGAAAUCUCGGGUGUGAGUGUCGGGGCGGCCUUAGGGAUCCUCGUACUCGGGCUGUUCUUUGGAGCCGUGGCAACCGCCGCUCUCUGCGUCUGCUGUCCCUCCGUCCAUGCAAAGGCAUCAGCCGUAAGGACAGGCAAGAAGAAAACCUGCUCCGACGAAAAUCUGGAAGAUGAUGAAAUCUCGAAUGCUAACGAGCAGAAAUCCCGACCCCUUCCGUUGGCGCCGCUCCCUUCCCUACCUGCUGACAUCCGGGCAACAGCUACAACAGCGCAAAAUGCCAACAGUGGCCGACCAGCCUCCCAACACAUAUACAGCGAGUCGAUGGAUCUACCUGUCGGCAGCACAAACACGUAUAAUGCGUACGGCUACGAUCAUGCCAACACCAAUUCGUCACUUGCUCCAGUGACAUCACCGACAUACGGAUACAACAAGCUCACUAAUGACGUCAUACCGAGCACGAGUUCUUCGAAAAUCGUAGGUGGCGCCUACCAGACACUGAACGCCGACAGAAGCCAGAAUGCGGGAUACAACCAGAUACCCGCUGUAAAGGAUGACGGCGAUUUACGGAGCCAGGAGCACAACGAUCCCGGUGGAGCUCACCAGUAUUUUGUGCUGGAAAAGAAGGACGCUGAAAUGGACAGUACGGAAACUUGUCAUCGUGAUAAUGACACCAGUGUUCCACAUGAUUAUUUUGUGCUGGAGAAAAAAUGAUGCGCGAAUACUACAAUGAUUCAAUUUGUCAAAUCUUGCAACAAUUAUUUAAUUAUUCUUUUAAUAAAUGUUUUUCUUAUAGAAAUGCAGUGCGUGUUGAAUAAAUCUGUUGAAAUAAAAUCCUUAAGAAGUUCACAACAAUGUUUAUAAGGACGAUAGCGAUUAUUUUUUUUUAAAAUAGACAUACAGUGUAUAUACUAACGCAUAUUGUCUCUUUAUGUCAAAUUAUGUGCAAUAAAUUUCAGUUUUGUU